CUGUUCCUAACUUGUGUCUCCUCAGAUGUCCUCUCUUGUCUGCUCUCAGGUCUCACUUUAAAUCUCCUCGUUUCUCUGACUGAUUCUCUCUGUCUGUCUCUCCUCUGACAGACAAUGGCCGAAGCCCAGCUGACUGGAUUACAGGAUGAGAUCACCUGCUUGAUGUGUCUGGACACCCUGAGUGACCCCGUCUCAAUCCUCUGUGGUCACAGUUUCUGUCUGAAGUGCCUCACUGACUACUGGGAUCAGAGCCAAGAGUGCAGCUGUCCUCAGUGCAGAAGGACCUUCACCACGAGGCCUGAACUUCACAGAAACAUUGUGCUGAAUGAAAUCAUAACAAAAAUAAAAAAGCCAAGACUCAGUCCUCAUCCAUCUCAAAGUUAUGCCAGCCCUGGAGAUGUGGAGUGUGACACCUGUACUGAGAAGAAGUUACGAGCAGUGAAGUCCUGUCUGACCUGCAUGAUUUCCUUCUGUCAGACUCACCUGCAGCCCCACUUUGAAAUAGCAGCCUGGAAGGAGCACAAGCUGACUGAUCCAGUUAGAAAUCUGAAGGAGGAGAUCUGUGCAGAACAUCUCAAGAGUCUGGAGAUAUUCUGUAAAACUGACGAGACCUGCAUCUGUGUGAUGUGUGUGGUGAAUGAACACAGUGGGCAUCAAAUAGUGGAGCUGGAGACAGAAAGAGAGGAAAAACAGAAACAGCUGGAGGCAACACUGAGUGAAAUCAGGAGGAGAAUUGAAGAGAAAGAGAAGACACUGAAGGAGAUGAGGAGGGCGAUGGAGCAGAUGAAGGCAUCGUGAGGGUUCUGAGCUCUUUUGAGACCCUCUCCAAUGGAGCUGCACAGCGAAAUGUGACUUGACACGUCUGUCAAGGGCUGCUUGUCCAAUGCCGAAGCAACCACAGGUUCACAACGCCACUCAAGCAAUUACAAGUUCACAGCCUCCCUGCUUAAUGAAUCUGUCACCUGAUGGGUGAUGCAGAGAACAUUAUAACCUGGCCCCAUCCCUGCUUGUUUGCUGUAUCCCUGUGUAAGGAAGUGGUAGCUCCUGUUUGAA